AUGAAGUACUCUGCUGCCAUUAUUGCCUUCGCCGGCUUUGCCGCCGCUCAGACUUUCAACGAACUGCCGCCAUGCUCUCUUCAGUGCUUGGCUAAGGCCAUCACGGACGACGGCAAGUGUCAAAUCGGUAACACGGCCUGUCUCUGCAACCCCGACAACUUUCGGAACAUUUUCUCCGCCGGCACUGUUUGCGUGCUGCAGAGUUGUGGCCCUGAUACCGCCGUCAACCAGGUCAUCCCCGCCGCUACGCGUAUCUGUGAGGCCGCUGCAUCUUCGGCCGUUCUCUCCGCUUCAUCUGCUGUCUCCGCCGCUGCCUCCUCCGCCGUGGUUGCUACCUCCACCAGGAUCUCAGCUGCCGCAUCUUCGGCUGUGUCGUCUGCGAUUGGAACCAUCCCUAGUCCUAUUACAUCUGCACCACGCCCUGGAAUCACCCGAACCUCUAUCGUCACCAGCACCGUUACUACCAUCUAUAACGGCAAUCUCACUAGAACGACUACGCAACUUCCCACCACGCAAGUUCCCGUCACCGUCAACGGUGCUGCCGUACAGGGUCCUAUAGGUAUCGCAGCUGCCAUUGCUCUUGGAGCCCUUGCUUACCUGUAA